AUGCUCCUUCGCACGCUAUUCGGCGCCUUUUGUCUCUACUGUGUAUCAUGGACCGGUAGCUCCGGUCUUUCGACCAUCACGAACUCUGCAGAUCUUGCAGCCGUUGAAUUGUCGACCAAAGUCCACGUGCUACUGGUUAUGAGGACGAAAGACGAGACGCAGGAACAAAGUCUGGAGGAGCUGGUGACCACGGCAUAUCCGGCUCUACUUGCUAUCAAGAAGGAACUCGAGGGACUUGUCACCUUUAGUGUCGUCGAUAUUGCGUCCCAUAAAGCUUCGAUCGGCAACAAGUGGCAGCUCACCAAGCUCCCUGCACUCGUACUGUACAAAGAUCCACCCAAGGAGAACCCCUACACUGGGAAAUUGUAUCGAGAUGCAAUGAGGAUACAAUGUCCUGUAGACUUCGCGAUGCUUGAGAAUGUAAAAAAGCUCAAAAGGACAUUAAAACAAGCGAUACUGAUGGAAUUUGUACAGGAACUUAAAGGUGACGAAACGACGUUACUAAAUUAUAAAAUCCAUGAUGAAGUAUGA